AUGAGCGUUUCAGAAAAUAUUACUAUUAAAAAAUUAAAUUUAAUGAUCGUAGGAGAAAUCGGCGAAAAAGCGGAAAUAUCAAAACCUUUACAUUGGCUGAUCGUCGGAUUAUUUUUCAUUGAAUCCGAUGAAAUUAAACAACUUGCAAGUAUUGCGCUUGGCAAAAUUUGUAUUGGCAACGUUUCAAGCUAUUUACCAUUUAUUUUAGAAGGAGAAGCUAGGCGAGAACCUGAAACACACUUGUUUUUCUUGGUUUCGUUACGAGAGCUAGUAGAUGGACUCCUAAAAUUUGAUUAUAGAAUACCUCAUAUAAUACCUUUUGCUAUUCCAAUUUUCCAACAGUUAUGA